AGUUUUCCAGCUCAAACGCGGCCACGUCCUGUUCGACCAAGUCACUUGAAAGAGAGGGGUUUGUUAUUCCCUCAGCGUCGGCUUGAACUAUCCUAUCGCAGUGCAUUUGUUUCUGGACCUCGAGCAGAUACAAAUUGCCGCUUUGCUCGCGCUCAGUCGACACUCCAUCGAAACCUCGAGGCCCUUCUCUAUGUUCCAUAUUGUCUACCAGUCUCUCUAUCUCUGACCAAGCUUUCUUUUCUUGAAUAAGAAAGCCACUCAGAUCCUCUGAUUACUACCUUUCCCCUAACUGGCAACUUUAUCUAAACGUUUCUCAAAGACAUCAUGGUUGUCAGUGCAUCCGUGUCCGGCACAGGAGCCGUCAAGAGGCCAGCGUCCUCUAUGCAUGAUGAUUAUACUGGAUGGGAAACCGCUCCAGCUAUGGAUGUAACUAUGCGUACAUCAUUCAACCUCCCUUACACCCAUUAUGCAAUGAUCUACCUCGACAACCUCGGAAGACUUAAGGUGCAAGAGUCUUCGUCUAUCCGGGAAACAAACGGUACAGUCUUUACCCCCGACGUACAGGAUAAGUUCUUGGAGAUACUGGGAGCCAAGAUUGGGUAUCGCAGACCCACCAUUCGCAAAUACUCUGGUAUGGGAGCUUCGCUAUAUGGCUACCCGCGUCCCGACGACUUCUCUCGCCAUGUAAAGCGACGCAAGUCUUCCUUCCAGGAGCAUGCUCUUGAGCCACAUUUCCCUGAGCCUGUUGAGGAAGUACCUGCCUCCACAAGCAUGGUAGGCAUUGAGAUCGGGGACACUGAGAAAAUCCUCGAGUACUACGAGAAUGCCUUGAAGCAUUUCCAGCAGCUUAAUUGCCGCCAGAUUGCCAAAGCUUUUAUUAAAUUCAUUGAACCUCGGAAGCAAGUGAAGCAUCCUUACAAUGGAGGCAAGCCCAGAGCUGGAGCUGCCUCGGGUGAGAAGGGAGACCCGGAGAAGACCAAGCCUGAGUGGUGGCCAGCGGGAGUGGUCCACAAGGAGCCCGACCACCUCAGGAAAGAGCAACGCAUUCGACUCCUUAUCCACAUCGUGCGUAAGCUCGGGAAAUUCGGAAUCACCCCCGACAAGCUGCAAGAAGUUGCGCAUGAUUCUAAGAGACAACUGAGACCUACCUCGAAGAUUGAGGUCUUGGACGAGGUUUUCAAAGUACGGAGGAUGGAAGAGAGAUAUGAACUUGGUGAAGUUGAUGCGAACUGUGUUGUUUAUGUCCAGAACAGAGACGCCAGUGCGAAGGACAAAGACUCCGACACCAUCAGUGAGCCAGAACAAAAGUUGGAGCCCGAAGACCUGGAGGAAGCUGAUGACGAGUUCCUGACACCUCCAUCAUCGGCCGAGCAAGCUUCCUCGUUCACGUCCUCCGUGGACAUGACUAUGGGUGGACAUGGCCGCCCCGUGCACAUGGGGGGGGAAAGGGGCCAGUUGUUCCCAUUGCCUGAAUCAUUGAGCUUCGGAGAGCAAUCUGCGCAUGAACGCUCAUACUACGGCAACUCUGAGUACCCGGAUGAAUACUCCCAUCCUAUUCUUAAGACACCCGUAACGCCGGGACUUGUGACUCCAAACGAACAGCCCAAUGCGUUUGAUUACUUACAGGCUCCAUUCUCAGCUUCGACAACAGGAGAGCCGAUCAUUUCUCACCAGCGUCCAACCGCCUUGCCUAUGCAGCCAUCCGUUAGUCAAUUCGAUGCCUGGACACCAUCAUACCGACAGAGCAUGUUCAAUCCCAUGGACUAUGGCUCUGCGCCCGCUCAGAACAUUCCUCAACAUAUGCCUUACCACAUGCCGCUCACUACCACUUCGCACGCAACAGAGCUGGCUCAUACUCCUCAUGGUCUGCCGAAAGGCACCCCUUUCCGCGCGGGAUCCUUGAGUCACCCUCACAUGAUACCUCACCAUGCAUAAACACCUCCGGCACAUCUUCUAUCCAGGUAUUAAAGCUGCGACCUUAGUCUGAGCUCGAAUGACACGCACGAUUUGUAUGAACUUUCAAUAGACUUCUGCUGCUUCGCGAUUUCACCACCCACUCCCAUUCAGACAAAUUUGUCACCACU